CCCCUACGAGUUUUUAGACUUGAUGUUUGAGUCUGGAUUUGCCAAUGUCUUCGAUGAUGUUGCUUUCGCCGUUCCCGUUAUGGCCCCGGGCAAGCGCCCUUUUUCGGUGGGGAAACCCACCAAGAUUAUUGACGUUAACCUUCUCCAUGUUUCGUCCUCCCACGCCAAUGAGUUUCUUUUGCGUGAGCUUGCGAAGCAGCACGGUCUCCGACUGACCGGUGUCCUGCAGCCUUGUGGUGGAUGCCUGCAGGCGAAGGGGAAGAAGGCGGGCGUGCCUCACCAAUCGGGCACGCGCGCGGAGCGGCCGCACGAUCUUUGGCACAUCGAUCUGUGUGGGCCGAUGACGGCCUCGCUGGGGGGUUCGUUUUUCAUGAUUAUGUUCGUGGACAGCUUCUCGCGGUGGAUGAAGCUGUACGGGAUGAGGCGCAAGUCGGACACUCUCGCCUUCGUCAAGAAGCUCCUCGCCGACAUGAGUGGCACCGGUGUCCCUCGCUCUUUCCGGAUGGACAACGGGGGGGAGUUCAUCGGACGCGACUUCAUCGCCUUCUGUGACAACGCCGGCAUCCGCCGUACGUACACGGCGCCGGGCACCCCGCAGCAGAAUGGUCCGGCGGAGAGUGCGAUCUGGCGCGUGAACAAGGCCGGCCACGCCGCUCGUCUCGAGGCACCCCGCCUGUUCCCCAAGAUCGACUUCACCCGCGUCCCCGGCUUCGGGCGCGAUGGCGAGCGACUCUGGCUAGAAUCGUGUCACUGGGCUGCCGGCGGCUUCAACCGUUCUCCGACCAAGGCAAACGUCGGGUACAAGUCGCCGCACGAGCUCUUCACCGGUCGCCCGCCACCGCUCCAGAUCGUCCCGUUCUUGCAGCCGGGGUAUAUGCGUGUGACGCGCGCGAGGAAGAUGGAUCCCCAGGCAGUGCUGUGCUGCUACCUCAACAACGGCGACAACCAUCACGAGUCGGCGGUCAAGGUCCUCAAGUUCGCGACGGGGCGCGUGUGCAUGACGAACAACGUCGUGUGGGUCUCCGACCGCGCGCCGUUGCUGACCCCGCCGCUGGAGCUGCCGGCGCCGGCGGACGAGGGGGGAGAUUCGAAUGUCGCCGCCGCACCGUUUCUAAUUGAGUAUAUUUCACCGCCUCUCUUACCCCCCUCACCGUAUGCCCGACCUCCCACUUCACCCGCUGCCAUACUCUCACAGGCGCCGCCGGCAACUUCCACACCACCAUCGCCGGCGGCGCCGUCUACCGCAGCCACACCACCGCCACCGUUCACCACCACCGCGCCGCCUGCAACGCCGCUCGCCGCCGCGCCACUGUUCACCACCACCGCGCCGCCUGCACCGCCGUUCGCCGCCGCGACACCGUUCACCACUGCCGCCUCGCCUCCGGCCUCACCGUUCACCACCGCCGCUGCACCGUCAGUAAUACCGUCUCCCGCCGCCGUGCCGCCCGGUGCCGCGCCUUCCACCAACAUGCCGCCGCUCACUACGAGGACCAUCCGUGAACUGGACGUGGGGCGCGGCGACAUGAGGGUUUCUGGGCGCACGAGGGCAGCCGCUAAGGACCAGGGGGGGGGGCGUGCGUCGUCAAUGCCGCCCCUCUCUGCCAGGGCCAAUCGAGAGCUGGACUUGGGACGAGAGACGCGGGUGCCAGGGAGGUUGAGGGGUCGGCGGGUGCGUUUCCAGGAUGGGGGGGCCGAGCGGUCGACGUCACCUGGCGGGAGCGGCGACGCUCUCGCCCACCGCUUCGGUCUUGUUUCCCUGCAGGACAAGGCAACGCUCCUGUCGACUCUAACCACUCGCAGCAUCGUCGAUGGGGGGAGGAAGGAGAUCCCGAGUUCAGCCGGAGGACGUGAUGGAGCGGAGCCGGGGGGGCGAGAGCGGGAGGGCACGAAAACAGAAGGACUGCGUGAAGAAGUCCCAUUUGCGUGCGCCACCUUGCUUGCCUCCCGCGAGGACAUUGAUCGCGCGAUGAGGGAUUUAGAUCCCCCGGAAGUGGCACCGGACUUGCCACAGUGCUAUGCGAGCGACUUGCGCGUACCCAAAACGUAUAGGGAGGCUGUGUCCUCUCAACAUGCUGACUUGUGGAUACACUCUGUAGAGAAGGAGUUCAGAGGCCUGAUGGAGGCUGAUUGUGGAGAGACGUAUGCACCGACUGUAGCGGUUUCUAGCGUUCGCUUGUUGGCAGCGAUGGCGUGUGAGCAAAAUCUUUCUCUCCGUCAUUUUGACAUCAAGCAGGCAUUUGUCCAGUCGGAUUUGGAUGAGGAUGUUUUUAUGCGUCUGCCAGAGGGGUGUGGUAGAUUAUCAGGUAUGAUCGUGAAGUUGAACAAGAGUCUAUAUGGCCUUAAGCAGGCAUCAAGGCAGUGGCACUCACACUUGGCGAGGUGUUUGAUUUGUUUGGGUUUUAUUCAGUGUAUGGCGGAUACGUGUGUGUUUCGGUUGAUUGAGGAGGGAAGAGUGGUAGUGACUCUGGUGGUACAUGUAGAUGAUAUAUUUUCGAUAGGAGAAGAGGAGAGGUGUGACCAGUUUGGCAGGGACCUCAACACCAUGGUACCUGUGAAGAAUCUUGGGGAUUUGAGAUGGUACUCUGGAUGUUUUUAUGAGAGAGAUUGGGAUGCAGGAACUUUGAAGAUCUCGCAGCAGACGUACGCUGAAGAGUUGGGGAUGGAGUUUGGGGUAGAGUACGGGAAGGAAAUUCCUCUUCCUGUAGGGUUGAAGCUUUCAGAGUUUGACCAGGAUGAGGAAGUGGUAUCAUGGCCUUUUCGUGAGCUGAUAGGAUCAUUGAUGUGGCUGGCAACGCAAACGAGGCCAGAUAUCGCGAAUGCAGUAAGAGCGGUGGCACGGUACUGUGCCUCUCCAAAAGAGAUUCAUUGGAGAGCAGGGCUUGGUAUUUUGGGGUAUGUGGUAAGGACUAGUGACUUGGGUAUUACAUUCAGGAGGGGUAGUGUAGCAGGAUUAAGCAUGGAGGUGUUCGUAGACGCAGACUAUGCAAGUAAGGCUGCCGAUAGGAGGUCUGUGUCAGGGGGAUUGGUGAUGUGUGGGGGGGGAUGUAUUUCUUGGUUUUCAAGGACCCAGAAGUGCGUUACGUUGAGCACGACAGAGGCGGAGUAUGUCUCUCUUGCGGAUGUGAUGAAGGAAGUGUUGUUUCUGAGGCAGGUGUGGCGUUUCAUGUUACCAGAAGCAGGCAUGCCAUGUAUUCCGGUGUUCGAGGAUAACCAAGGGGCUAUUCAGUUGGCGCAAAACCCGAUAAGCAACAGUAACUCGAAGCACAUCGACGUAAGGCACCACUUUAUCAGGGAACUGGUAGGCAGGAAGGAGAUUUCGAUUUUUCACGUGGAAUCGGCGUAUCAACAUGCUGAAUUUCUCACGAAAGCACUUCAUGCGGGAGAUUUUGAGUUUCAUCGUAACUACGUGAUGAGUAUGGAUUAAUAUAUUGGUGUUUGGAUUUAUUUUGCGUGUGAUCAA